AGCACAGCGUCGAGUGACUGUUAGCCCGCGUUUUUCAGGCUUCAGUGUCUCUCUUAGAAGGUUCUCUGUUUACGGAAGGAGUUGCUUAGGGAUUUUAUCUGGCGACGGAGGUGCAUUCCUGAAAGUUGAAAUGCCUGUUAAAAGAUCACUGAAAUUGGAUGGUAUGUUAAAAGCAAAUUCAUUUGGUUCUCCUAAAAUCACAAGGAAGAAAAGUGCUGCAGACUAUUCUCCAACAACUGGAACCUGUCAAAUGAGCCCAAUUGCUUCUCCCACAAGCUCAAAAGAACAAGAAAACAGAAAUGGACCAUCAAAUGGAAAGAGGAAAAACUUGAAUCACCUCAGUAUAAACAAAAGAAUGGAAUCUACUAUGCAAGACAAUGAAUUCAUGGUGUUGCUAUCUAAAGUUGAAAAAUCAUCAGAAGAAUUCAUGGAAAUAAUGCAAAAUUUAAGUAGUAUACAGGCUUUGAAGGGCAGUAAAGAGCUUGAAAAUCUCAUUGGUAUCCCCCAUGCAUCAUGUGUCUUUAAAAGAGAAAUGCAGAAAACAAAAAAACUAAUGACUAACGUAAUAAAGCAAAAACUAUUUAAAAAGAAGAAUUCAGGACUUCCCAACAAAGGACAGGAAGAAUAUAUGUGGACCAUCAUGCUGCCACUGCUGCGUUUAGAAGAAACACACUCACUAUGAACGCCAACUUCUGUAUCUGCCUGAUCAUAUUUAAAGGAACAGAAGAAAUGUUUGUAAUUAAUCUGUGCAGUGAAUACCAGAUCAUAGCAUAGGCAGGUGUGUGUCUAGAUAAAAUUUCUUGAAGCUAAUUUAAACUUUCUACACACACCAGUAGAUAAUCUCAACAUAAAUAAUACAUUUCUUCUUGACCCUUUAAAGUAAGCCAACAUAUAGAAGAAGAUCCUGACUUAUAUUAUGUAUCUGGUACACUUCUGUAUACGUUUAUCAUUUGUGGAUAGACUUAUAGCUUGUAUGAAAAUGGCACCUUUGGUAGAGCUCUAUAUCUUAAAACUCAGAUUAAACCCAAUAGUAAUUGGAAGUAGGUCCUGAUUUUCCAAUUUAAAGCCCUAGAUCUGUACUAAUUAGAUUCUUUUAAAAGCUUUUAAAAUUGUAAGUUUACUUUAGCUUCUACUUCAUAGAUGUUUUUGUUCUAGCUAUGCCUAUGCUUGUAGAGAAAAAAUAUUUUCAAAGUUUUAAAAUUCUUACAUCUUUUAUAAAAUGCUGGAAUGCAUUUUUCAGUGCAGAUAUUUAAAUGUGAGGUUGUUUUUAAACUGAACUACACAGAAUCUCCUGAAUAUAAAGAAAAGACCUCAUCUCAUGGGACAACAUGUGAUUCCCUCCACAUUUUGAAGCAUCAAAUUUUUAAUUUUCUACAGUGUUGUUUUGUAUUAUCUAUUUGUGCUGUCACAAAAUAAAGGGGAAGAGUGAAUCACA